UCUGGUUACUGUUCCUUCGCCUCCCUCUCUUGGACAGCUUCCUAACCCAGCGGGGUCGCACAGAGUGAAAAUGGUCCACCAUUCAGGCUCGAUUCAGUCCUUUAAACAGCAAAAAGGUAUAAAUAUAAGCAAGAGUGAGAUAGCGAAAGAAACAUCGUUAAAACCAUCCAGGAGAUCCCUGCCAUGCCUCGCCCAGAGCUUUGCGUACUCCAAGAACUUGAGCCAAUCUACCUCACUCUUCCAGUCAACAGAGAGUGAAUCUCAGGCUCCCACUUCUGUGACCUCAGUCUCUGCUGACAAAGCAGAGCAAGUUAACACCGAGGAGGAUAAAAAAGACUCUGUGCUCAAAUGUUCUUUUGCUGACCUCGGUGAUUUUUGCUUGGCCCUAGGAAAAGAUAAAGAUUACAUGGAUGAAUCAGAACAUGCUAACUAUGACCGAUCUCGUCUCAUUAAAGACUCUGUUCCCAAAGAUAAUUCUGAAUCCAAGACAAGAUUGUCUAAGAAUGACAUGAAUUACAUAGCUUCCAGUGGACUUCUAUUCAAAGAUGGCAAAAAGCGGAUUGAUUACAUCCUGGUUUAUCGAAAGUCAAAUAUACAAUAUGACAAAAGAAACACAUUUGAAAAGAACCUCAGAACAGAAGGCUUGAUGUUGGAAAAGGAGCCAGCUGUUGCAAACCCUGAUAUCAUGUUUAUUAAAAUUCACAUUCCAUGGGACACGCUGUGCAAGUAUGCAGAGAGGCUGAAUAUCAGGAUGCCUUUCAGGAAAAAAUCCUAUUACACUGACCGGAGGAGCAAAUCAAUGGGCAGUGUGCAACAUUAUUUUAAAAGAAUCAAAAAAUGGAUGGCCCAAAACCCAAUGGUUCUCGACAAGACAGCUUUUCCAGACCUGGAGAACUCAGAUUGCUAUACUGGCCCCUUCAGCCGUGCACGGAUCCACCACUUCAUAAUAAACAAUAAGGACACCUUCUUCAGCAAUGCUACUCGAAGCAGGAUAGUCUAUCACAUGUUGCAGCACACCAAAUAUGAACAUGGGAUAUCAAAAGUGGGUAUCUGUAAACUUAUAAACAAUGGUUCAUAUAUAGCAGCUUUUCCCCCACAUGAGGGAGCCUACAAGAGUAGCCUGCCAAUCAAAACCUAUGGACCUCAGAAUAACAGACAUCUAUUAUAUGAGCGCUGGGCACGCUGGGGCAUGUGGUACAAGCAUCAGCCCCUGGAUUUAAUCAGGCUAUACUUUGGUGAGAAAAUCGGGCUCUACUUUGCUUGGCUGGGCUGGUACACUGGAAUGCUCAUUCCUGCAGCUCUUGUUGGCUUGUGCGUUUUCUUCUAUGGAAUAUUAACAAUGAAUGCAAGUCAAGUAAGCAAUGAAAUUUGCAAGGCCACUGAGGUCUUCAUGUGCCCUCGCUGUGACAAGAACUGCUCGCUGCAGAGACUCAACGAUAGCUGUAUCUAUGCCAAGGUGUCAUAUUUGUUUGAUAAUGGAGGGACAGUCUUCUUUGCUAUUUUUAUGGCAAUAUGGGCCACAGUCUUCCUGGAGUUUUGGAAAAGGAGAAGAAGUACACUGACCUACACGUGGGACCUGAUCGAGUGGGAAGAAGAGGAGGAAACAGUUCGUCCCCAGUUUGAAGCAAAGUAUUACAAGAUGGAGAGGGUGAAUCCCAUCAGUGGAAAACCUGAGCCACAUCAGCCUUUCUCAGACAAAGUCACGCGUCUUCUUGUUUCUAUGUCAGGAAUAUUCUUCAUGAUCUCUCUGGUGAUCACGGCAGUGUUCGCAGUCGUGGUUUAUCGCCUAGUUGUCAUGGAGCGGUUUGCAUCGUUCAAGUGGAAUUUUAUCAAACAACACUGGCAGUUUGCAACAUCUGCUGCUGCUGUCUGUAUCAAUUUUGUCAUCAUUAUGCUACUGAAUCUGGCUUAUGAAAAAAUUGCUUACUUUCUCACUAAUUUAGAAUAUCCUCGAACGGAAUCUGAAUGGGAAAAUAGCUUUGCUCUGAAGAUGUUCCUCUUCCAGUUUGUCAAUUUAAACAGUUCUAUCUUCUAUAUCGCUUUCUUUUUGGGGAGAUUCGUAGGCCACCCAGGACAUUACAAUAAACUUUUUAACCGGUGGAGACUGGAGGAAUGUCAUCCUAGUGGCUGUUUGAUAGACCUCUGCCUCCAGAUGGGAGUGAUCAUGUUUUUGAAGCAAAUAUGGAACAACUUCAUGGAACUGGGAUAUCCGUUGAUCCAGAACUGGUGGUCACGACAUAAAAUUAAGCAAGAAAUACAAAACGCUUCUAUACCUCAGUGGGAAAAUGAUUGGAAUCUGCAGCCCAUGAAUAUUCACGGACUAAUGGAUGAGUACUUAGAAAUGGUCUUGCAGUUUGGUUUUACCACCAUCUUUGUUGCCGCUUUCCCUCUGGCUCCUCUUUUGGCUUUGUUAAACAAUAUCAUUGAGCUCAGACUGGAUGCAUACAAAUUUGUCACCCAGUGGCGGAGGCCUCUGCCAGCCCGAGCAACUAACAUAGGUAUCUGGUAUGGAAUUCUUGAAGGAAUUGGUAUAUUGGCUGUGAUCACCAAUGCCUUUGUAAUUGCUAUUACAUCUGAUUACAUCCCACGUUUUGUCUAUGAAUACAAAUAUGGCCCCUGUGCAAAUCAUCUUGGAGAUGGUGAAAACUGUUUGAAGGGCUAUGUCAACAACAGCCUAUCCUUCUUUGACCUGAGUGAGCUUGGGAUGGGGAAAUCAGGUUAUUGCAGGUACCGAGACUACAGAGGUCCCCCUUGGAGUUCCAAACCGUAUGAGUUCACCUUACAAUACUGGCACAUCCUCGCUGCUCGACUGGCCUUCAUCAUCGUGUUUGAGCACCUUGUUUUCGGGAUCAAGUCAAUCAUCGCAUACCUGAUUCCAGACGUACCAAAGCACCUGUAUGACCGAAUACGACGGGAGAAGUACCUUGUCCAAGAAAUGAUGUAUGAGGCUGAACUAGAACACUUGCAACAAGAGCGGAGAAAAAGUGGUCAUCCUAUUCACCACGAAUGGCCUUAGCUGAUACCUGGUGCCCACAGGGGCAACACCAUUAGUGGGAAUGACGGCAACUUCAAAUUCUAGGUGGGAUCUAGGAGAAAGGUAUACCUGGCAAACCAUAUGUGUAGUAUGCUACUUGGAAAUGCCUCACAGUCAUCUCUGGGAUUAGAAUAUCCAGGCUUCUAGGGAAGAUAAAGAUGACUCAUGACCCUAAAAAAUGGUUAGAUUGGCAUUGCAGGAAGCCAGGAUCAAAUCCUCAGAGCCAGCCUCAGGGAAUUGUGAGUUAGAGACCUCCACCUUCCAUCAGCUGCAGUGUAGCAGGAAGGGUGAUGGGGAGGUUUCUAGAGACAGAUUUCCAUGUAAAUAUUCACAAGCCAAGCAUGACUGAAUGGAUCGUGUGGUUUUCACUCACACGCUAAUCUGACUUUGGAAGCUUAGGUGGAGUUGAGAUACUUACAAGAAAUGACUUAAAGCCGUGAUUGCCGUUGCUGCCAGAACUCCCCGCCCCGUGAGCUUACAGGUUUAUAGGAAUUCCCCUUGUUUCUUGCUGAGAUUAUGGAUCUGUGCCACAGAGAAUUUAUGCUGGUUAACAUGGACUAUGCAGUUGAAGAGCUGCGCAUCACAUUCAGUAAUCGAACCAAAACUCUAAGAUUCUGAAAAGACUACCAUUCGUUGAAAUAAUGUUCUUUGCAUUGGCUACAUUCAAUCUGUUUUAUCACUUGCAGAAACAGUUGCACUUCCUUUUUUUUUUUCUUUUGCUAAAUGCCAAUAGAGCCACAUACUUAUAAAAUAUGGGUAUUUAUUCUCAUAUCAUUUAGAACACAACUAAUUCAUAUUUUACUGCAGAAGGCUCUUUUAUAGUAUCUUUUAUUUUUCCCUCCCUGAUUUAUCACAACAGGUCCCACAGGAUAACUUAAAAUGCUGUAAAUAUGUUGGUUUUCCUUGUACCUUUGCACCUUGACAAAUACAUAAUGCAAGUUACCAUUUAUGCAGCUCUGAGACGAGUUACACAGCCUGCCAUUGUGACUUGUUUAUUCAAGACAACAGAAGCCAGAUGCUUGCAACACGUGCUUUUCCAAGUGUGUACUCUUGCUCAUGAGCUAAUGAAAACGAUGCAUGAAUAUAAAUUUAUAUUUGUAAAAAAAAAUCGUUUUUUGAGUUUCAUCUUCUUUUCAUUACUGAAGGGGGCUCUCUGUUAUUAUUUCUUUCACAGGUUGAUUUGGCUUAUGUUUGAAGACGCUCUAGAAACAAAGUCAAAUUAAUUGUGAAAGACAUCAUUUUGCUUUGUUGUGGAAUUGCGAUUUCAGUGUCAGCUCAGUAUCUGUGAGCGUGACUGUUCACAGACUGAUGAAAUGGGAAUGAUGGAACUUAAGCUAAAGGAAGUCUGGUGGAGGCAUAAGCUAUGGGGGCAGCAUGGGAACUAUUAGAAGAGUUGAAUUAUGGAAAUGUAUGGUGGAAAUCAAGACACUUUCCUUGCAAAACAAUCAAAAUUAAUCUCAGUUUUCCUUUCCUGGGAAUCACACAUACUCACACAUUCAUACAUAUCUAUGAUUAUUAUGAUUAUUUGUCCAAUUAAUUUUUGUCUGAUUAAACAAAGCACAGUUAUCUCCAAAAUGUAUAAAGACCAGAUUACACACAGUAUAACUAAAACAACUUUGUAUCCAUGCUGUGGUUUCUCUAGUAGGAAAACUAUCAAGUUUCUCUUAUUAUGUUUAUAAUUCUAACACUGAUUUUUUUUUGACUUUUCCUUCUUUCUCUCGAGAGAAAAGCCAAUAAGAUUAUGGUUGUUGGUUGGUUGGUUGGUUUUUGUCAGAAAUAUUCAGUUCCAGACUUGCCCCUUGAUUCUGAGCAAGAGGAAGGACCUCAGACUCUCAACUCCUCUCACCAGUUCUCGCCACAUGAGACUCCUCCAUUCAACUUCCACAGAGGUUCUCUUUCUGCCAUCUGCUUACUCAUAGCAACUAAUUCCACUAAAGACACAAAAGAGUUUUAAGCUCCUCCAUUUUUGUGGUGUCUGCAUUUCCUUUUCUUUGUUAGUUAAAUGUAUACACAUGCCUGAGAAUAAAUACGCUCUAUGCCUGUUGAAGACAUCUGUGAACUUGACAUAAAGACUGUAUGUCUUUACCAAAUUAAAGACACGAGACAAAGGCAUUUGUCAUACAGUAGAGCAAAGAAUAAAGAUAGUCAUGACCUUGAAAAUUCUUUUCAUUCUGAGUUAUUUUUAUAUAACCACUCUGUUUAAAAUCAUAUUGAUUGCUUAGAAAAAUAUGAAAAGAGAAAGGUGUUUUCAACAACAAAAUUAUAACACAUUGAUUUAGAAAAUAUUUCUAAUAUUUUUUGAAACCGAUGGAAAAAUGGAGAAACAAUGAAAAAUUAUCUGAAAGUUUCCUUUUCUGAAAUCAUACAGUAGAAUAUAGCUAUGCCUUCAUCAAUGUUGACAGAAAAAUGUUGACAGCCUUCACAGAUUGUUAGUUUUAGGUCACUCUGCUUUAGAUGAGAUAAAUAUUUUAUAUCAUGGUUUUCAUAUGAAUACAAAUUAUUUCUCGAAGAUUUAUAUAGGACACACUAUUCUCAGGAAUUCUGUAUUACAUGAAUGCUGCUUAUAUAUUUUCAUAUUCUAAAACAUUGUCUUUUCAAGGAAAUAAGUAAUAUAUAUGUGCAUGUAGUCUGCCUCGCCAAGUUGUUCAGCGCUGAGGCACUUUCCCAGCACAGUGUGUUAAACAUGGCUCUGGACCAUAGCUGAAAUAGUCUGCGCUUGUCUGUGAGUCUGUGCACAUACUCUUAGAUAAAAUGUGACUGCAUGAUGAGAUACAACUUCUGAAUGCUGCACAUUCUUCCAGAAUGACUCUCAGAACAAUCUAUUGUAUAAUGGAAUGAAAAGAACCUUUUUCACUCAAUAAAUUAUCAUGUGAUACGGUAUUUUUCCUAUAAUGUGCAUGUUAAAUUUAAUCCUACUUGUUUCUUAAACAUUAGGUUGGGAUUUGUGGAGUGUGUAUGGGGAGAGGGGACUGCCCAUUCUUUAGCUCUAUAAGGCAAUAGUUUCCUAUUCUUGUAAGCCCUUAGCCCACUCUUAAAAAUUUUGACUUUUUGUCUUCUGAUAAACUCAUUGUCAUCAUCAAGUCUUUGCACAUGAAAGUGCAGAUGGAGUAUCAUAUUGAUCCCAGUAAUGCUUUGUGCUAACAACAGAUGGGAGAGGAAGCUUGAUUCAUUCUU